AUGAGCCGACGUGAAAUGUCUCGACACAAUGCUGAUGCAAACCAAAGGACGCUUGAGAUGCCUGUCGAUGAGCAGCGGACAUCAUCAGCACACACUCAAGACCAGACAGACAAGCAAGUGAUGAAGGAGACUAACGUCCAAAGGGAACGACAGAGUGCACACAUGGUGCAUGAAACCAUUCCCAGGCCCGUACCCGUGCUAACAGUCAAAACAAGAAUCCGUUCAAGCGAGGCCGACGAACCCAAAGGCAAGUGUGUGGCAGGUGGCGAUGGAGGCCUUAGCGGCAUAUUCAAUCAAUUCAUCUCCCUCAAGGGGAUCAAGUCGCCUGCGGCUGCGGUGCAGCAGCUGAACCCAUGUACGCCCGCCUCUCCCGUCCCUCUCAACCUUCUUCCCUGCUCCCUUCCGCUGUCCCUUCCCCUUCCCCGCCGCAUGUCAGCCCCGUUGCUGCCUCCAAAGGCGGCUCUGGAGCAGGCGAUGACGAUGCUGCAGGAUGAGGAAGGGGACGAGGAGGUGGAUGGGGAGGCAGACGGCCGCGUCAUAGAACUGCAAGAAUACGGCCCGCCUGCAGGCCCGAAUGCACUGUAA